UAUCAUCUGUCACUAGUUACCUAUAUCUUCGGAAUCAAUACAUUUUUGAACAGUUUCUUCUACAGAAACAUUAAGGAAACAUCUCCAAAUGGCGUCUCCUCUGAAAGUGUGCAUUGUCGGCUCUGGAAACUGGGGUUCAGCCAUUGCCAGGAUAAUCGGCAGUAAUGCUCAGGCCCUGCAGCGUUUCGCCACCACAGUCAAGAUGUGGGUGUUUGAGGAGAACGUGAACGGCAGGAAUCUCACAGACAUCAUCAACACAGACCAUGAGAAUGUCAAGUACCUGCCUGGAUACAGACUGCCUGACAACGUGGUGGCUGUACCUCAGCUCCAGGAUGCUGCUGAGGGGGCUGACCUCCUAGUGUUCGUGGUUCCUCACCAGUUCAUCAGGAAGCUGUGUGAUGAGAUGGUGGGCUGUGUCUCCUCUCAGGCCAGGGGAAUCACACUCAUUAAGGGAAUAGACGAGGGUCCGGAGGGCCUGAAGCUCAUCUCGGACAUAAUCAGGGAGAAGAUGGCUAUAGACGUCAGUGUUCUGAUGGGAGCUAACAUCGCCAACGAGGUGGCAGCAGAGAAGUUCUGUGAGACCACCAUCGGCAGUAAGAUCAUGGAGAACGGCCUGCUCUUCAAGGAGCUCCUGCAGACUCCUAACUUCAGGAUCACAGUGGUGGAUGAUGCAGACACUGUAGAGCUCUGUGGAGCCCUCAAGAACAUCGUAGCGGUAGGAGCAGGGUUCUGUGAUGGGCUGAGGUGUGGGGACAACACCAAGGCAGCGGUAAUCAGACUAGGACUGAUGGAGAUGAUAGCCUUCGCUAAGCUCUUCAGUAAAGAUGGCGUCGUCUCCUCUGCAACCUUCCUGGAGAGCUGCGGCGUGGCUGACCUCAUCACGACCUGCUAUGGAGGACGCAACCGACGCGUGGCCGAGGCCUUCGCCAAGACAGGAAAGACUAUUGAGGUCCUGGAGCAGGAGAUGUUGAAUGGGCAGAAGCUCCAGGGUCCUGCUACCUCAGCUGAAGUCUACCACAUCCUCAAACAGAAGGGACUGGUGGAUAAGUUCCCUCUGUUUGUGGCAGUGUAUCAGAUCUGUUUCGAGGGCAAGCCGGUACAGGAAAUGAUCUCCUGUCUACAGAGUCACCCAGAGCAUCUGUGAGUGCAGCUAGCUAGGUAUGCUAGGCUAACCUCAGAUAGCAGAGCUAGCUCCAUCUCUCCUCUCCAGCUGCUCUCCUCUGACCUCUAUCUAUAGAGAAGCUGUUCUUUCAAACAAGGGCCAGGCCAGGCCAACCCUCCCUUCUUCUCUCCUUUCACCUCCCUCCUUCCUUCCCUCCCCACCCUUCCCUCCCUCCUUUCCCACCCCUUCCCUACCCUCCCCACCCUACCUUCCCUCUCCCUCCCUCCCUCC